UUAAGGAAUUGGGAAGAACGAAUGAUGAACGGUUUAGAUCGGAAACUUGGAUGGCUGUCGAACCAGAUUGAACCUGGCCGAAGGCCGUUCCAUUUCACCUUAUUGCCCAACCAUUGGCUGAAUUGGGAGACUUGGGUUGUUGUUGACCCGGCCUCACGCGUCCCUAUUCCAAGGAAGAGACUACUGGGGGACCCGCGAUUCAACAAACCAUAUCCCAAGCCUCAGUGGGGAAUAAAGACAAAAUAUCCCGAGACAAUCCAUACCAAGGCCCACACUCCCCAAAUAACAUCAUGGAGGAAGGAAGUCAACCUACACAGACGCGCCUUCGGGAUAAGAGAAGUCAGCGUGGUUGAGCUUUUCGAUAGUUCGGCAGAUGAACCGCCAGACGGACAGGUUGACCCGGCUUGUUGGAUUCUUCGCAAGCCACCGCAGGGGGUUGCUCUGUCAAGGAAGCACGAAGAUACUUAUUACGAGGGUGGAGCAGGCUGGCAAGAAACACUCGGUGAGUGGCAAAGGGUCCAGCGCGGCUAUCGGAUCCGCAAGGCGAUUUACGAAGGCAGGGCCAACAGAACCCGAGUCAGAGAGAUAGCGUCAGGUAUCACGCGAUAUUAUCAGAUGAUG